GAGAACUACCGGCCUACCGACAUUUUCCUAUUUUGACGCAAAGCAGUCUUCUCAUCAGCCUCAAGCCAAAAAAAAGAACAAGUACGACGAUCCGCGAUGAUUUCUAAACCCAUUUGGUCGCUCUCCCGACUCGCCGUUCGCUCUCGCAUCCCACUUCCGGCGACUCUACCAGUCCGUGCCUCACCUUCGCUUCGAUCCAGCCCACAAGCUUCCUCCCUAAUACUGUCUGCUCAAAGGCAUUUUUCUGUUGGUUCAAUCAGCCGCUCUUCAGGGGAGACUGAUUCCCAACUGGUCAACAAGCUUGAGGCAGAGAUCGGUUACGAGAAGGAUGCUGGUUCCACUGAUCCGCCCCAGUGGCUUAAAGAAUUCCAGGCGGACGGUACAUUCAAAAUUACCGAUAAACCUGGUUCUGAUGAGAUCGUCUUGACCCGCACAUUUGGAAACGAAAACAUUCGAAUCACCUUCUCAUGUUCGGACUCGGAGACCAAUGAGAUGGACGACGAGGGGCUUGAGGUGGAGGAAGAAGAGGAUGACAAGGAUGCGAUUGGAAGCUGCCGAAUCCGUACAGCCAUCAGUAUCAUCAAACCUGGAAAGGGCGGUAUGGUUAUCGAUUCCUCAACGGAUGGCUCUACCUUUGACGUAGAUAAUGUAUCAUUCUAUGAUGAUGAGAAGCUGGCACUUGAUGAAUCGUAUGAGAGCGAUUGGAAACGAAGAGGUCUCUACUUUGGCCCCACGUUCAUCGACCUUGAUGAAGAACUCCAGCAAUCCUUUACCGACUAUCUAAACGAGCGUGCCAUUGGAAGCGAGCUAGCAGCGAUUAUUCUGGACCUGGCCGAUCAUAAGGAACAAAAGGAAUACGUCAACUGGCUCGGCAAAAUGAGCAAGUUCAUCAAGGCUUGAACACUUUCAUUUACCAAAUACAUGGGCUCAAUAUAUGCUCCAAUGCCAGAGUGUAUUCGGAAACUGUUGACUGUAGUAGAUGAACCUGAUGAAAACAACAGAUAAAAAGAAAUAAAAUAAUCAUCUAUUUUUUAUACCAUUUACCAUUGUUGUUAGACUCUUGAAGACUGCGUCUAAUUGAGCCAUGGAUCAUCACAACCCAAGGGAUACAAUGAUCAACAGAGAGCAUCAUGAUAUCUGUGUCACUGAGCCGACGCCAGGUACCAAUUCCAGUGAUGUGUAAACCCAAACUUCCCCACGGUUGUUGGUAUCUAAACAUUGAGGAGAAAAAAAAAGAAAGCCGAUUCCGAGGUGCCAAAACCUUUGGCGGCG